CGCCAAGAGAAGGCUGACAAUCGGCGGCAGGUUUGCCGAAGCGUUAAGUCUUCCGCCGCGAUGCCUCCCCAUCUGGCCAAUCAACCGCGUCCAUAGCCAGAGUCCAUUCUUGCGCGUGCAUUAUCCUUUCCACCUUCACCUCGCCGCAUUCAAGUUCACAAUUGCCCUUUCUUCUGACUUACACUUAAACAUUUCCUUGAUCGGCGCGUGUGAACUUUUGCGACUCCCAUGUACUGUGACUGCAACCCGUAAGACGUUGUUACAGAUCUCAAUCUUGUCGCGCCUGUGAGGUUGAGCGAACUAUUUCACGACCGGGCCGUGUUGGCCAACACAACCUACCAUGACGCCCUCAAAGUUAGCACAACCGGAUUCCGAGACGUCCUCGAUGGUCGAUACUCCCAUGACAGAUGCAAAUGAAUUGGUUCAACCGCGACGGCCCUCGUUUGGCCAUCUUAACCGCUAUGUCGACGAUACUCCCGACUACACGGAUUCAGACACGAACCCAAACACGACCGCUAGCAGUGUGGCUGGCGACGUUGCGCAGACUGACGGUCGCAAGAAGAGAUCAGAGGCUCUCCAGUUGCGCAAGAGCAUUCUCGGGAAGAAGCAUGGUCAAUUGGACGAGUCGAAAGAGGAUGAUACUAUCCGGAGAUUCAAAUAUCUGCUCGGGUUGACGGAUCUCUUCCGGCAUUUUAUCGAAACCAACCCAAACCCCAAGAUCAGAGAAGUCAUGGCAGAGAUUGAUCGGCAGAAUGCUGAAGAGGAAGAAAAGGCCAAGAAAGGCGUGUCUCGUAAAGGCGGCGCCGCUGCGAUUGGCAAGAGAAAGACAGAGCAAGAGGAAGAUGCAGAACUUCUGCGCGAUGAGAAACGUGGCACGGCGUCUCAGACCGUGUUUCGGGAGUCGCCUGCGUUUAUUAAGGGUGGCGAAAUGCGCGACUACCAGAUUGCGGGUCUGAACUGGCUUAUCUCUCUUCAUGAGAACGGCAUCUCCGGUAUUCUCGCAGACGAGAUGGGUCUUGGCAAGACUCUACAAACGAUUUCUUUCCUGGGCUACCUGCGCCAUAUCUGUGGUAUCAAGGGACCACACCUGAUCAUUGUUCCGAAGUCAACGCUCGAUAACUGGGCGAGAGAGUUCAAGAAGUGGACGCCGGAUGUGGAUGUCCUCGUUCUGCAGGGAGCAAAGGAUGAGCGUCAUGCCCUGAUCAACGACCGACUUGUGGACGAGAAGUUUGACGUCUGCAUCACGAGUUACGAGAUGAUUUUGCGAGAAAAGGCACAUCUGAAGAAAUUCGCCUGGGAGUACAUCAUUGUCGAUGAAGCGCAUCGCAUCAAGAACGAAGAGUCCUCGCUCGCCCAAAUCAUCCGAGUGUUCAGCUCUCGAAAUCGACUUCUCAUCACCGGCACACCAUUGCAGAACAAUCUGCACGAAUUGUGGGCUCUCCUGAAUUUCCUCCUUCCUGAUGUCUUUGGAGAUUCAGAGGCAUUCGACUCAUGGUUCUCAAACCAAAACGAAGAUCAAGACACAGUUGUUCAGCAACUUCAUCGUGUGCUAAGACCAUUUUUGCUCCGUCGAGUCAAGAGUGAUGUGGAGAAGAGCUUGUUGCCCAAAAAGGAACUCAACUUGUAUGUUGGUAUGUCGGAGAUGCAGGUUCGUUGGUACAAGAAAAUUCUGGAGAAGGAUAUCGACGCUGUCAACGGUGCCGGAGGAAAGCGUGAGUCCAAGACGAGGCUUCUCAACAUCGUCAUGCAGCUGCGAAAAUGCUGUAACCAUCCGUACCUGUUCGAAGGCGCCGAACCAGGUCCUCCUUACACCACUGAUGAGCAUUUGGUGUACAAUUCGGGCAAGAUGAUCAUCCUUGACAAAAUCCUGAAGCGUAUGAAGGAGGAAGGCAGCAGGGUCCUGAUCUUCUCACAGAUGAGCAGAGUUCUGGACAUUCUCGAGGACUACUGUGUGUUCCGAGGUCAUCAAUAUUGUCGAAUUGACGGUGGCACGGCGCACGAGGACAGAAUUGCCGCGAUCGACGAAUACAACAAGCCUGGUUCUGAAAAGUUUGUGUUCUUGCUGACCACCCGCGCUGGUGGCUUAGGUAUCAACUUGACUACAGCGGACAUUGUCAUUCUCUAUGACAGCGACUGGAACCCGCAAGCAGACCUGCAAGCAAUGGAUCGAGCUCAUCGUAUCGGCCAGACCAAGCAAGUGAAAGUCUUCCGCUUCGUGACUGAGAAUGCCAUCGAAGAGAAAGUCCUCGAGAGAGCGGCACAGAAGCUGCGAUUGGAUCAACUCGUCAUUCAACAAGGCCGAGCACAGCAACAAGCGAAACAGGCAGCCUCUAAGGACGAGCUGCUGAACAUGAUUCAACAUGGUGCAGAGAAAGUAUUCGAGACCAAAGGUGCUGUCGGCGAGCUAGAUGACAUUGAUGAGAUUCUCCGACGAGGCGAAGCACGGACGGCUGAGUUGAAUGCCAAGUACGAGAACUUGGGAAUUGACGAUCUGCAGAAAUUCUCCUCGGAGAAUGCCUAUGAGUGGAACGGCGAAGAUUUCACGCAGAAAAAGAAGGAUGUUGGCCUGGCAUGGAUCAAUCCUUCGAAGCGUGAACGAAAGGAACAAUCGUAUUCGAUGGACAAAUACUACAAACAGGCACUUUCGACAGGUGGUAGACCUGCAGAAACGAAGCCAAAAGUUCCCCGAGCACCGAAGCAAGUCAACAUUCAUGACUGGCAAUUCUUCCCCCCUGGACUCCAGGAGUUGCAGGAGAAAGAGACGGCCUAUUAUCACAAAGAGAUUGGCUACAAAGUACCCCUGGCGGAAGGCACGGAAGAAGAUUUGAGCGACCGAGAGGCCGAUCAGCGUUUGAAUCAGGACGAGAUCGACAAUGCUGAGCCGCUCACCGAGGAAGAGAAGCAACGGAAGGCCGAGAUGCAACAACAUGGGUUCGGCAACUGGAACCGUCGCGACUUCCAACAGUUCAUCAACGGCUCGGCCAAGUUUGGACGGACCAAUUACGAAGGCAUUGCGACCGAAGUGGACAGCAAGGAACCUCACGAAAUUGAGGAGUAUGCCAAAGUCUUCUGGAAGAGAUACACUGAAAUCGCCGACUACGACAAGUACAUCAAGACGAUCGAGGCAGGCGAAGAGAAACUCCGCAAGACCAACCUUCAACGAAAGAUGCUUAGGAAGAAGAUGGAGAUGUACCGGGUCCCGCUACAGCAGUUGAAGAUCAACUAUACCGUGUCCACGACCAACAAGAAAGUCUACACCGAGGAAGAAGAUCGAUUUCUAUUGGUCAUGCUUGACAAGCACGGCGUCGACGGAGAAGGCCUCUAUGAGAAGAUUCGUGAUGAAAUCCGAGAGUCUCCCUUGUUCCGCUUCGACUGGUUCUUCCUCAGCAGAACUCCUGUCGAGAUCGGAAGAAGAUGCACGACUCUAUUGAACACCGUCUUACGCGAGUUCGGCGACCCCGAAGAAAAGCUCACCAACGGUCAUGGACCUGGGAAAGGACGCGGACGUGAUCGAGAUGAAGAUGAAGACGAGGAGAACGACAGCGAAGCGGCCCCAGCGAAGAAGAAGGCCAAGAACGGCGUUGUGAACAAGCAAGUCAAGGCUAUCAAGUCCGGAAGAGGCAGCAAAGCCAGCUCUCCAGUCUCUCGAGCGCAGAGUGUCUCAUCCACGACCGCUUCCCGCUCUAAGGGAAGAAAGAAAUGAGGCAUAUGCAACGGUCUGAUUCACGAUGGUGCAACACAUGUUUAGGGUCACGGCGGCAUGUUAGAGUUUGGGCGGAGUUUUUGCGAUUACUUGAAACCUGGUUUGCUGGCGGUUUCGAUGCCAGUUUGCAUGGCAGAUGCACUUCGGACGGCCGGGAUGGCAAGCGGCGUCUGAGUUAUGGGAUGUCCUCCAGUCGCUUAGAGAGGUCAGGGCCGCUGCUUGAAAACUGUAGAAUAGGACUAUAAGUCCGCAAAUGGAAACAUGUGAGAGUAAAUCUUCCCAGAGCACAAGGCUGCCCAACUUGCACUGCAGUAGGCGAAA